GAGGAAUAGACAUCAUAUAGAACACUAUAUGUGUUCUAUAUGAUGUCUAUGGGAGGAACCUCGUUUUUAUACAGACACAGAAAGAGGAUUUUAGAUGGAACAGUUGCUCGAUUUUGGAAGAAUGGAAACGGAGCAGAACCCAGAUCCAGAGAAGGACCGGGACCAGGACCAGAACCGGGACCGGGACCAGGAGGACCAGGGCCAGGUCUGUUCAAAGUCCAGCACCAAAACGGUCUUCUCCUCUGCUGGUCUGCAGAAUCAUAAAGGAAGACCCAAAAAACACUGCUGUGAUGAUUGCAAGAAAGUCUUCACCACUUCAUCAAACCUGAAGAUCCAUAAGAAAAUUCACACUGGAGACAAGCCUUUCAGAUGUGAUCAGUGUGGAGCGACUUUUGCCCGAAAAGGUCAUCUAAAGCAACACCAACGUAUUCACACUGGAGACAAGCCUUUCAGAUGUGAUCAGUGUGGAGAGGCUUUUGCCCGCCAAGGUUCUCUAACGAUUCACCAACGUAUUCACACUGGAGAAAAGCCUUACAGAUGUGAUCAGUGUGGAGCAGCUUUUACCAUAUCAAGUAAUCUAACGAUUCACCAACGUAUUCACACUGGAGACAAGCCUUACAGCUGUGAUCAGUGUGGAGUGGCUUUUGCCCAGCAAAUUACUUUAACGAUUCACCAACGUAUUCACACUGGAAACAAGCCUUACAGAUGUGAUCAGUGUGGGGCGGCUUUCGCCCAUCGAAGUGCUCUAACGAUUCACCAACAUAUUCACACUGGAAACAAGCCUUACAGAUGUGAUCAGUGUGGAGCGGCUUUUGCCCAGCCAAGUGCUCUAACGAUUCACCAACGUAUUCACACUGGAGAAAAGCCUUACAGAUGUGAUCAGUGUGGGGUGGCUUUCGCCCAUCGAAGUUCUCUAACGAGUCACCAACGUAUUCACACUGGAGAAAAGCCUUACAGAUGUGAUCAGUGUGGAGCAGCUUUUACCACAUCAAGUAAUCUAAGGAAUCACCAACGUAUUCACACUGGAUAAAAAGUUUACAUUUGUGAUCAUUUCUGAUAUUAUUUAUUUUGAGAGUUCAGUUAAAAUGCACCAAUUUAGUUUGAAAGACAUCAUUCUGGUGGUUAGAUUGUGGGAAAUUUUUUGAAUCAUUUUUUUAAAAAGCAGCAGAUUUUUACAGCUGUAAGAGCUGUUCAGUUAUAAUCAGAUUUAGAAAAUGAAGUAUAAAGAUUCAAUUCAAAAGUCUUUAUUUUGAACAUGAUGGUAGUGUAAGUAACAGACAUGCUUUAAAAUUAGACCCUCAUUAUUAGAUGUUAUAUGUUUUACACAAAGGUGAGACAGCCUGAUAGACAUGAGUUUAGUUCUUUAGUUAUUCUGAGAGAAAUACAUAUGAGGGUAUGAUUCUGUUAAAUACUGUUUUACAUUAGCCAUUUUCUUCUUUGUAAUGUUUUUUUUUUGUUUGUUUUUCUUGAAAUGUUUACGUUUCCCAGAGUUGUUGUCAUUGG